AUGGCCUUGUUGAGGGUGGUCACCCUAGGCUGUUCCAUUUAUACCGCGUGUGCCUGUGGAAGUUGUGAGACCUUCACCAAAGAGACUGUUGGAGGGCAGCUGUUGCAGAGGAGGAUCUACAAAAAGUCGGUGCUUCUGACAGAUGACCACCUUGAGGCCCAAACCGAGGGCGACGACGAUGACGACGAUGGCGAUGACGAGCCUUUGCCGGUCUUUGACAACUCCCCAGGGCAAAAUGGCAAUGGGAAACCUCUGUCGGCAUGUCAGGGAAGCUGCGACAGUGAUGAGGAUUGCGAGGGUGACUUGCAGUGCAUCAAACCCAAAUUUGUGGGUUGGGAUGGCAUUGUCCCUGGAUGCCGUUCUGAUGGCUUCAACAAACCACUUUGGGCCUUCAAAUAUUGUGCGCCGACACCACCUGAAGAACCGACUCCACCACCCCCAGCCGCGCCAUCCGUCAUUGCAGCCGACUGCCCGGCGGGAUCCACGUGUGCCCGGCUAAUGGCGUUCAACGUCUACUAUGCCCAGCUGGGCUCCGCCUCGCGCAUGGAGGGCAUUGCCUCGGCGGUGGCUGAGAUGACGCCGGACAUCGCGGUGAUCACCGAGCAGUGGAGCGAACAACGGCAGAUUUUGGAGAAGAUUCGGCAGAAAACUUCAAGACACUAUGAGUUCUGCAGGGGAGGUCAACAAGAAAAAUGGUGGGAUGGGGAUAUCCUCUACCGAGCCGAUUUGUUUGAACUGGAGGAAGAUUCCGUGAUGGACUGGGGUUCUAACAGAGGACUCAGCUGGGCGGUGCUGCGCCACAUCUCCUCCAACCAAAAGGUCUUGGUCUACGGAGCUCAUCCUGUUUGUUGCGGAAAUGAGAAGAUCCAUCUGCAGAAUGCCAUUGAUUUCUCCAAACAUGCCAAGAAGAAAGUGGAGGAGCAUCCCAAUACGCCGAUCAUCAUCAUGGGCGAUUUCAAUGCCUUGGAGGAUUGGAAAUCCACGAAACUCUACUUGGGAGAAGUGGUUCAUGACAAGGGCCAGGAGUUUAAGCUUCGCUUCAAAUUCAAGGAUUCCUUCAGAGACGCCAACGCACAAUAUGUGGAUGCGACCACUCAUAGCAGCGGUGCUCGCUUGGACUACAUUUUCUUGGAGAGGGGAGACGAGCGCAGAACGAAUCCCAUUGCUCAAGGUUUUCACACCAUGCGCUCGUGGAUUUGGCGACAAGCGCCAGGCGAAUCAGAUCACUACCCCAUCCUGGCUGAUGCGGAUGCGAGCGCAGAACUUUUGGAGGAGCUGCCCAGCGGAGAGCUGCUGGUGGCUGUUGGUGAAGAUGCGCUGAAGCUGUUUGGUUCGAGCAUGCGCCUUGCCACCCCUGCGCCUGCCACGGCUUUGCAGCGCCGCCUUCGACGAAGUUGCAGCCCUUCGGCCAGCAUCGGCGCUCUGAUUUUCCUAGCUGGCCUGGGCGUUCGCAGAUUCAGCUCGGUGACAAGCCGAGAGCAUUGGAUGGCUGCCCCAUUUGAUGGUAGACCACAGGUCUUCGUUGUUGGAAACGAAGCCGCGGACGUCGACUCCCUGGUCUCUGCCUAUGCCAUGGCUCAGUUGCUCAACAGCUCUGAGACGCAGGCGAUUGCCCUUGCGCAAAUCCCGCGCGAGGAGUUUCGACUGCGAGGUGAUGCGGUGGCGCUUUUUCGCGACGCCGGCAGCCAGGUGAUGGCUGAUGGAAGUCCCGUGGCCAUGACGUUUUGGGAUGAAGUGCCAUGGGAGCAAGUGGAUCAAUUGGAGCAACGUUCACUGGCGCUGGUGGACCACAACAAGAUGACGGAGCAAGUCGCGGCACACUUCGACGGCAAACUUGUUACGCACGUCUUGGAUCAUCAUGCAGGUGGUAUUGCAUAUCCCGAUGCCAGCAACGUCAUCGACGAGAGCCUGGGCUCCUGCUGUUCCCUGGUGGUGGAGCGCUUCGCGGCAGUGAGCGACGACUCCAAAUUGAGUAAGGAACUGGGUGUGCUUAUGGCGGGCGCCAUUCUGCUGGACUGUCGCAACUUCGACAAGGACGCAAAGAAAGGCACGGCCCGGGACGUCGCAGCCCUGAAGCAUCUGAAGACCACCCUGGAAGUGCCGCCGAAGAAGGAAGGUCCAUGGUACAAAGAGCUCAUGGAAGCGAGGAAAGAUGUAGCUCACUUGAGUGUUCGGGAUCUGAUGUUGUUGGACAUGAAGGUGGUGACCUUGCGCGCCUUGCGUGUGGCGGUCUGCAGCAUCUUCCGCACUGCCACGGAGAUGGUACAUCAGGCAGGUGGUGCUGAGGAGGUGACGAAGGUCGCCAGGGUCCUGUCCGAGGAUCGAGGCUAUGACGUGGUGAUUCUUCUCUUCAAUAAGGACAAAUCCAUGGGCAAACGUCGCGCAUUAGCCUUUAUUCCCCUGGAUUCCGCAGAUGCCUCUGCUGCAGCGUUGUGUAGCGACAUCGUGCAGCAGAUGUUCGGAACGCCUGGCAACUUGCCGGAGGAGCUGAGGGAAAACCCGCUGUAUCAGACCCAGGGACUGGUAAAGGAUGGCUUCCAAAUGGAGGAAUUGAAGGAACUGCAGCCCCUGAAUGUCUACAGCCUGAAAGGCGACGUGUCAAGAAAGACGGUGUUGCCCUUUGCCACCAUGGUUGCGAAAUAG